AUGUACAGAACGAUGAUGGAGACGGACUUGCACUCCCCCGCGGUGCAACAGACCAACCCGUCCAACCCCGGGGGCCACGGCGGCAAAGUUCCCCAGGAGAGAAUCAAGAGACCCAUGAACGCUUUCAUGGUGUGGUCUCGCGGCCAGCGGCGGAAGAUGGCCCAGGAGAACCCCAAGAUGCACAACUCGGAGAUCAGCAAGCGGCUGGGGGCCGAGUGGAAGGUGAUGACCGAGGCCGAGAAGCGGCCCUUCAUCGACGAGGCCAAGCGGCUGCGGGCCAUGCACAUGAAGGAGCACCCGGACUACAAGUACCGGCCGCGGAGGAAGACCAAGACGUUGCUGAAGAAGGACAAGUACUCGCUGGCCGGCGGGCUCCUCGGCAACGCGGCGGAGAGCCCCGGCGGGGGCCACCUGGGCUCCGGCGCCGGCGUUUACACGGCGCAGGUCAACGGGUGGCCGAACGGCGCCUACUCCGCGGCCGCGGCCGCUCACGCCAUGAUGCAAGAGGCACAGCUGCAGGCUUACACGCAGCACCCGCACCAGCAGCCGCAGCCCGUGCACAGGUACGACAUGAGCGCCCUAUCUUACAGCCCCGUCUCGAACUGCCAGAGCUACAUGAGCGCCUCUCCGCCGGGCUACGGGGGCAUCACCGGCUACACGCACCAGCACCACAGCGCCGGCGUGUCCCCGGUGUCGGGCGCGCUCGGGGGCACUCUGGGGCCCCUGGUGAAGUCGGAGCCCAGCGCGAGCCCCCCGGUGUCCGCGGCGCGACAGCCGUGCCCCGCGGGGGACCUGCGGGACAUGAUCAGCAUGUACUUGCCCACCGGGGAGGCGGCGGGGGACUCGUCCGUGCAGGGGCGCCUGCACGUGCUCCACACGCAGCACUACCAAGGGAGCAGCGCCCACGUCAACGGGACGGUUCCCCUGACGCACAUUUAA